GGAAUCAUGUUUUGUAAACAUGCGAAGGCGUUUCCAUUUACAUUUUAGCCCUCUUCGGAUUAUUUAUUUGCCUGCAAACUUUGUACAAUUCGGAACCAGUUUCGCUCUCACGACAAUUUCUCCAAUUUCAUUUGCUGCAUCUACAAGUUGAAUGCCCUUGAAGUCACAUGGCAGAUCAACAACCACUUGAAGGUUCAAGUUUGAGUGAUGUCUCUGGUGGAAGUUCUCUGUCAGCUUUGGAGCUUAAUAUCAAGACCCUUGAUUCCCGGAUUUUCAGCUUUCAAGCAGAUAAGAAUAUGGCAGUAUCAUCAUUCAAGGAAAAAAUAGCUAGUCAAAUCGGUGUCCCCAUUGGGCAACAACGUCUCAUUUUCAGGGGGAAAGUCUUGAAGGAUGAUCACGCUCUUUCUGAAUAUAAUGUGGAAAAUGGGGAUACAUUACAUUUAGUUGAAAGGCAGCCGCAGCCCUCUCCUGGCAGUGUUACUGAAGAGGCUGUGGCAAGUAACGAUAACAGAGGCCAAGAACAUCCUACUGGUGGUCCUCGCAACCGCAUUGGACAAAUCACACACAGUGUAGUACUAGGUACCUUAAAUGUUGGAGAACCUGGGUCUGGGGAAGCCGGUGUACCAGAUCUUAGUCGGGUUAUCGGAGCCGUGUUGAACUCUAUUGGAAUUGGCAACCUGGCAGGCGGUAUACAACCGGGCAUGCAGGCAUCAUAUGGAAAUGAAACGGAAGGGUCACAGGUUAAUGCUGGUAGUCAGAGUCAGGCUGGAAAUCAAUCUGUCCCCAUGCAGUCUCCUGGUCAAUCUGCUCCUCAUGCAAUGCAAAUUCCUCUAGGAACAGCAAUUAAUAUUCCUUCACUCAAUAUGCCAAUUCCUGAUUCGUUGAACACACUUUCCGAGUUCAUGAGCCGAAUGGAACAGGCAUUCACCCAAAAUGGGUAUCAGCCAAACCAGUCACCUAAUGUUAGCAGCGAUCCACCAACAGCUGAAUUGCCUUCAAAUUCUCGUGGUCCACCAACACCAGCAGCCCUGAGCAUUGUCCUGCAACAUGCCCAACGUCUUCUUAGUGGCCCAACCAUUUCGGCAUUAUCUCACAUUGCAGGCCGUUUAGACCAAGAGGGGGGUUCUACUGAUACAACAGUAAGGGGACAGAUUCAGUCGGAAUCAGUGCAGUUAGGUAUUGCAAUGCAGCAUUUGGGUGCUCUUCUUUUGGAGCUGGGGAGGACAAUUUUGACUCUUCACAUGGGACAGUCUCCUGCUGAAUAUUUUCUGAAUUCUGGGCCUGCUGUUUAUAUAUCUCCAUCGGGGCCUAAUCCUAUAAUGGUUCAGCCUUUUCCUCUCCAAAGCAGCUCCCUUUUUGGUGGUCCAGCUGGCUUUCCAUCUAAUCCUGUGGCUCCGGGUCCAGUUGGGAUUGGCAGUGUACCGAGGAAUGUAAAUAUACAUAUUCAUACUGGGGCAUCACUGGCACCUAUAGUUUCUAACCUGCGUAGCAGGGCACCUAAUGGAGAAGGAAUGCAGGGAGAACAUGUUAACGGAAUGACUUCUGGUGAUUCUGGUCAAUCACAGGUUUUGUCAGGGAGAAAUUUUAUUGCAACCUCACGGCCCUCUGUUGUUUCAGUUUCUGGUGCUGUUGGUGGUGGUGUUUCGCAGGCUCCGGAUUCUGGUUCAUUUAACAAUGUAAUAGCUGAAAUCAAUUCUGAGCUUAGACGUUUUGUUGCGAAUGCAGGCAAUGAAAAUCAUGCCCCAUCAGGCCAAUCUGAAGAUUCUACUGGUGGAGAACAAUCGGCUGGUUCUGGUACUAGAAAUGAUGAUACAGGCAGUCAACAACUGAACUCGUCCAGCAAUGGGGAUGAGGAGACCAGUACUUCAUCUGUUCCUUCCACGAUAGGCAAUCAGAAGACAGAACCUCAAUGCCGCCAACCAUGUAAUACUGAGGACAUGGGAGGUGUUGUGAACUUGAAGAGUGAACCUUCCAAUAGUUUUGCCGGAGGCUCUCAUAAUUGGUCAAAUAAAUCAGACCUUGCCAUUGAGGGAUCUACAAGAUCUAAUCAGGGUAAAGAUAUUUCUGAUGGUUCUUCAUCAGGUGUGCCUAUUGGACUGGGACUGGGAGGCCUGCAUCCUAAGAGACGAAGUAGGCUACAAAGAGCACAAAGCAAGAACAGUGAUGAUGCAACUGCUAGUAAUCGGAUUGAACAAUCUAGAGCUGUUGGACAGCAGGUUUUGCAAUCUCUUGCAUCGUUCUCAACGAGGGAAAAUGUAAAUACUCCUCCCUUAGGGCAAUCACAAGAUUCACAACAACCUCCCAGGGGAGUAAUGUCGAGCACGCCGAUGGCAGGACAAAAUGUUGAGGGCCAGGAUGAUGUAGCCAGCUCUAUGUCUCAUAUCCUCCAAAGUCCUGCUUUAGAUGGUCUACUGGCUGGAGUUUCACAACAAACUGGGGUUGGUUCCCCUGAUAUGUUGAGAAAUAUGUUGCAACAAUUUACUCAGAAUCCAGCAAUGAGGAGUACUGUCAAUCAACUUGCUCAACAGAUUGACAGCAACAAUCUUGGAAGCAUGUUUUCAGGUUUCAAUAGAGGCCAAGGUGGUGGCAUUGAUCUAUCAGCAAUGAUGCAACAAAUGAUGCCUAUUGUUUCUCAGGCUCUUGGAGGUGGUUCCUCUGUUGCCCAACCAAAUCCUCCUUUGGAAUCUGGGAUGUUCCAUAGUAGGUCCGGGAGCGAUAUGUCACCAAGUGAAGAGGACUCUAAGCAGACUGAACUUCGACAAGUUGUUCAGAGGCUUCAAACCCAAAAUUCAGCUGGAGAAAUUUUCCGCUCUGUCGUUGAAAGUGCUGUGCAUCAGUAUGGUCACGGAAGUGCUGAUCUUGUAAAUGAAUUAUGCAGUGAAGGGAGGCUUGCACAUGAGUUCAUGCAGAUGCUCAGUCAUGAUAUUUCCCAAAGACUUCAAGAUGAAACAGGAUCAUAGGCAAAAGAAACGUUUUUUUGCCUGGUAUAUACCCCUUGUUAUGCACGGUGGUACGCUCUUGUAUGUUUAUCCAACUUUUAAGCUACCAGAAAAAGAAUGCCGUAAGAAGUAGCAGGGUAUGAUUUAUUUAAGUUCAUAGACAUCAGUGACGAGAUGAAUCUUAUGUAUACAUGAUAGAGUGGUGCGAAUUUCUUGGGGGUACAGUUGUAAUAUUGCAACUUGAAUGUCGUGUUUUCUCAGAGACUGAAGAAUUGUGCUGUUUCAUUUGCAAGAGGGUUCAAUAUAACUAUUGAUAUAUUCUGAGCUGCACA